AUUAAUUUACUGGGACGACGCGAGAGAGAGAGCCGAGCCACCACCACAUCGAGAUGCCAGCGGGGCAGAUGAACCACAACGGAGUCGUGGCGGCGGCGGUGCCGACGUACCCGCCUCCGGAGUCGGAGGCCGAGGAAUCGUGGCUGUGGGCGCAGAUUAAGGCGGAGGCCCACCGCGAUGCCGAGUCGGAGCCGGCGCUGGCGAGCUUCCUCUACGCCACCGUCCUCUCCCACCCGUCCCUUGCUCGAUCUCUCGCCUUCCACCUCGCCAACAAGCUCUGCUCCUCCACGCUCCUCUCCACUCUUCUAUACGACCUCUUCCUCCAUUCCUUCUCCUCCUCUCCCUCCCUCAUCUCCGCCGUCGUCGCCGACCUCCUAGCUGCCCGCCAGCGCGACCCCGCCUGCGCCUCCUUCUCCCACUGCCUCCUCAACUACAAGGGAUUCCUCGCCGUCCAGGCCCACCGCGUCUCCCACCUCCUCUGGACCCAGAACCGCCGACCCCUCGCCCUCGCCCUCCAGUCCCGCAUCGCCGACGUCUUUGCCGUCGACAUCCACCCUGCAGCUCGCAUCGGCAAGAGCAUCCUCCUCGAUCACGCCACCGGCGUCGUCGUUGGCGAGACCGCUGUCAUCGGCAACAACGUCUCUAUCCUCCAUCACGUCACCCUCGGCGGCACCGGCAAAGCUGUGGGAGACCGACACCCCAAGAUCGGCGACGGAGUCCUGAUCGGCGCCGGCGCCACCAUCCUGGGCAACAUCCGCAUAGGCGAGGGAGCCAAAAUUGGGGCCGGGUCCGUCGUGCUUAUCGAUGUGCCGCCGAGGACCACCGCCGUCGGGAACCCUGCUCGCCUCGUCGGGGGCAAGGACACACCCUCCAGGCACGACGACCUACCAAGUGAAUCAAUGGAUCAUACUUCCUUCAUCCAGGAGUGGUCGGACUACAUCAUUUGAUAUCCAUGGUUUUACCCCCUUUCCUUCUUUCUUUCUCAAAUUAGCUUCUUAUGCUACAUGGGCAUGAUGAAUAUGAAUACUGUGCUUGCUUCCAGCCCUCAUCUGCUUUUCCAUCUUCUUCUGCUGCUUUCCCUAAUGGCCUGUGAGAGCGGCCUUAGUCAGGGUCUGUGCUACGUCAAUUAUACCUUUAUGUUGUAUCUUCUGAUAUGCUUUGCUCUUGUGUUUGCCUUCUCAAUUAACAUACAGUGACCUCUUUACUGGGAGUAUGUUUGAGACCUGAGAGAAAAAAUGUGUUUUGUUUUUGUUGCAUAGAAUGCAGCUAUUACAUCCAUAUAUCAUCUGCAUUUCAUUUCUUUCCCUCA